CUCUAAUAAACAAAUGCUUCUAAAUGCCUUAAAUGCCUCUUAAAGUUUAUAUAGACACACAGACACACUAAAACCUACGAGUUACAUGUUUUAAAUAAAGUUUUGGUUUUUGUUUUUUUUUUAAAAGGGAGGACGCAACAAGGAGGAAGAAGGUGAAUGAAGAAAAGAUCGGCCAUCUUCCUGAGGUCCAAAUCUGCAGCGAAGGGAUGCCACGACAUUGCUCAGCAGGUGGAUGCAAAUCUCGGGACAAUCGUGAGACUCGAAAUGCUGGCAUCACCUUUCACAAAUUACCAAAAGGAGAAACUCGGAGGAACCUUUGGAUCAUCAACUCCCACCGUGCAGACUCAUGGGAUCCUCAGACUGACUUUGUCUACUUUUGCUCCAAACACUUCACCCCGGAGAGUUUUGAACUGACUGGUUGUAGUGGAAUCAGAAGACUAAAAGAAGAUGCAUUUCCCACAAUAUUUGAUUCAUUUUCAACAAAACUCAAAAGACAAGGAACACUGUGGAAGCAAGAAGACGCCCCUAUCAGGGAGAAUUCCUACUCAGGCAACUUGGACAAUGAUCAGCAUACAGACAAGUGUCCACCGUCAGAGAAACCAACAGAUCAUAGGUCAGUGGAAGCAGCCGAGGAGACAAAUGAAAACAUACCUGCAUCUUCUCAAGUGCUGUCAGGGGAGGAGCAGAUCUCACAGCAACAACAUAGCCCUUCACCACCAUCGGUGUCACGACCUCUCUCCCCAUCACAUUACAUGAGGCGUCUGCCCCCUUCUCCAGGCUUUUACCUGUCCAAGGAACACAGCUAUGCUCAGCUCUGCCCUCUGUUGUGGAGGAGGCGUUACAACCAGGCUCUUGACUGCUUGGAGAAGGCCUUACGACAGCUGCAUGCAGCCAGGAGGCGGGAGAACCGCCUGCGAAGCACUGUGCUGAGGCUCCGUGAUAAACGGCUGAAGCAGGCUCUCCUUGUGUCACCAGGUGUCUGUAAAAACAAGGGAAGCUGGACACCAGGGAGGGAGGACAGACAAGGCAAAGGAGGCUGUCGAAGGGAGAGUGAGACUAUUGCUAAAUCUAAAGAUGCAGGGUUGUUUGAGGAAACAUUUGUGGAUCAAAUGGAGUUGGAGGGAAGUUUUCUUCCAGACAACAGCAGCUGGUCUGAGGAGGAGAAGGGAUUCUGUUUUUACUGUGGAAGAGGACAGGUGCAGGGUGCUGGUGAGGUAGCACAUACAGAUUCACGGACUGGGAAAGCUGCUCAGCCUACAGUGCACGAAGACUCUCUGGAGAUUCAAGGGAGUGGUGACAUCAGUGCUUGUACCACAGCUGUUAAUGCCAAUGACAUUAAGAUUGUCAGCUUGAAACGGCCAGCUGGUAAAAGUGUAGAGACCAGUGACUCAGAUGAAACAAAUUCCAAAGUCCUGCUCCAAACUCAGUUUCAACAUGUGACCCCUGCUCGAGGAUCUCUUGCUGAUACUCAGCAGAGUUUACACUUCUUAGGCACUCAGUGUGAAAGGGAGACAGAGGCUGUGGGUCAGAAACAUCACCAGGACCAGCAGCAGUUGUUUUGGAUGCAGGACAUUACUAAGGGACAAGUCAUUCUUGUGCCUGUCCCUGUUGAUGACAGAUUACAGAGCAUUCUUAAGAUUGAAGGAGUCACUGAUGAAGCACAAACCAACCUGGUACCAGAGGUGGAUCCUCAAGGAGACAUGGGACACAUGACAGAGAACAGUGGAGGUCUGUCCAAAGAGGAAACAGCCUGUGAUGGUGAACAUAUAGAGCAUCAUUCUGUUAUUAGCACUACAUCUGUGGAAAUGAGAGAAGAUGUGAGGGAAAAGCUUAAAGAACAUCUGGAGGGGUUUCACCUUCAGCUGAGCACUGAGUUUCUAAACUGACACAAUAUUCUGAAUGGGCACAGCAGAGUGAUUUUGCUACCCCACAUUCAACAAGUAAAUGAUUCAUUUGUGAAGUCUUUUCCUCCAGGAUAGUCGAAUGUGCUGUAUGUCUAAUUUGACAAUUAGGGCAACUCCACAUGUUUUACACCUUAAAGUGUGCUUGGAUGAGAGUUUUCAUAGUUUAUUAAAUUCACUGUGUGACCUUUUACUUUAAGUAAAAAAAAUAUGAAAAAAUAAAAUGAAAAUGAAUGAAAUGAAAAAAUAUGAAUGAAUUGCAUUGCAUGAUCCUUACAUUUUUUAGAAAUUAGCAACAGUGCUUCUAGUGGACAAAGUCUGCAGCCACUAUCUCUACUGCGUAUGUGAUACAAGUAGUAUGGUGUCUUUUGUGGCCCUAGAGGAAGCUCCAUGUAAUCUGAUAAAAAUGCUAUGUGAUGAUAAAUUGCAUUAUGUGGCAGCAGGUUUUGAAAAGGAAGAAGAAUGUGUGGAACAAAAAGGUAAUCUUGAUGUUCUGCUGUAUCCAUUUGAUCAUUUAAACUGUUCAUAACAAGUCCAACAGUGUUAUAGGAGUGCAAUGAAGACCAUUGGACUGCUUCUCAAAACCUGGUGCCUACAUCACCCACAGUGCAACUUUGUGAUAUCGCUGGAGGCAUUUUAUCAGAUUCCAUGCAUCUUCCUCUGGAGACACAAAAGGCUUAAAUGUGUGAUAUUGGUGUAGGUUCCCUUUAAAAGUGAAACGCAACCUGGGCUUUUUUUGUCAAUGCAUAUGAGUCAAAACUUGGUGUAAAAGCCUAUUACGAUGAAAGAGGCACUUUUAAGAUUUACCAUAGUUUCGUUUUCGGCUCAACAUCCUUUUUAGAGGGAGUGCAUGGGGCACUUUUACGUUGGCAUCAAAAUCGUUUUUUUGAAAGCUAAGAAGGCUCAACACAACAUGAAACUUUGCUUGUAGUAUCACCAGGGUCUCUGAUUAUAAUUGACUAUAAUUCUAUACUGUCUGCCAGAAAUACCCACUAGAGAUCCUGAUGUGGAUUCAUUCACUGCUGCAUAUACUGAAUAUUUCCCCCUGUUUGAGCAACAUUUGUCAGACAUCAACAUUUAUACAAACACAUUAUUGGUUUGGGGCUUUUUAUGGGAUUUGUUGAAAUUUGAAAAUAUAAAAAAUACCACAAUGACCGUUUUAAUUUUAAAUCAAAAAACAUUAAGGAUGUGAUUGGUAAAAGAAUGAAAUAAAAUCAAAGUAAAUCUUG